AUGGCUGAGCCGUUUGAACUUCUCGGCCUCAUCGGGGUGAUACUCCAGAUCUUCGAAACAGGCGCCAAGUACGGGUUAAACUGGGAAGAAGCCCCAAAAGAGGCGCGCGCUUUUAAGACUGAGCUUGAAUCUCUGCGAACAGUUCUUUCGGAAACCAACGCCAACCUGGUUCUCAAUGCAGGUUUCAAGGCGGCAUUUGAGGGACGAAAGUCCGCGGUCCCAUCACAUGACGUUGCAUCGCCCGAAUACAGUACUGCAAACCUCCUCCUUGCAUGUCGCAAGGAGUUGGAGACAGUUGUAGAAAAGCUAACAAAGACCGCCGAAGGAGAUCGCUUGGGAUGGAGCAGGCUGAAGGGGGCGUUUAACGCGGAGCGAACGCAUUCGGCUGUGGAAGACUUGCAUCGACGUUGCCAGGCGCUCAAUAGCCUGGUACUAAUCGACAGCGCCGAGACAUUAACAGAGGUUCGAACAGCCAACAACGCGCUCGAAGAUCAAAGGCGGACUAAGGAAGAAGCACAAAUUCUCAAUUGGCUGACGCCCUCCAACCAUGGACCCCAGCUGAAAGACAAUCUUGACCAGCGAGAGCUAGGUACCGGGCAUUGGCUCCUUGAAUCGCCGGAAUACCAAGGCUGGGUAAAGGCUGACAAGCAGACUCUCUUCUGCCCCGGUAUGCCAGGCGCCGGGAAGACUAUCUUAUCUUCAAUCGUAAUCGACGACCUGCACCGGAAGUUUCAAAAGGACUCAAGUGUUGGAGUUGCAUUCAUGUUUUGCAACUUCAGACUACACGAUGAGCAGACCCUGAACGAGCUUCUGGCAAGCCUGCUGAAGCAACUUAGCCAAGGGCAAAAACCAUUUCCUGAAUUGGUAUCAGAGCUCUACAACAAACACAAAGGCAGGAGUACACGACCGUCGACUGAUGAGAUGAUGAAAUCACUUCAGGCUGUAGGGUCAUCGUUGUCAAAGGCUUACAUUGUCAUUGAUGCCUUGGAUGAGUGCAGUGCGGAACUUGGAUGUCGAGAUAAACUCAUUUCCGCGAUCCUACACUUACAAAAAGUCUGCAAUAUCAACUUAUUCGCUACAUCGAGGUUCACAACGGCCAUUGCCGCCUCCUUUGAAGUCAAAGUUGAACUCGAGAUCAAAGCCACCGAGAGCGACGUCAGGCGAUACCUGGACAGCCAUAUGUCGCAACUUCCCAUGUUCGUGAAGAAGAACACCGAUCUUCAAGAGGAAAUCAAGACUCAGAUCACAAAGUCUGCUCAUGGAAUGUUCCUCUUGGCUCGUUUGCAUUUGCAGUCUCUGAAAGGCAAGCGUUCUCCAAAGGCCAUUAAAAGUACGCUGGCAAAACUUUGCUCCGGCCCUGACGCCUAUGACAUCGCUUACGAAGAAGCUAUGCGCCGAAUCGAAAGCCAAAUAGAAGACCAGACCGUUCUCGCCAAAGACGCAUUGUCGUGGAUCGUAUGCGCCAGGCGGCCCCUGACCACGGUGGAACUACAGCACGCCCUGGCUAUAGAGAAAGACACAGCAGAGCUCGACGAAGAUAACGUUACCGAUUUGGAAGACGUUGUUUCAGCAUGUGCUGGUCUCGUCUCGAUCGAUAAAGAGAGCGAUGUUAUUCGUCUAGUCCAUCACACAGCCCAGGAAUACUUCGAACGCACCCGCAGCCGUUGGUUACCUGGGGCAGAAAAUCUCUUGGCAUCCUCAUGCAUCACAUAUCUGACUUUCAAAACACCCGAGGAGUCUUCCGACUACUACGACAUCUUCACAUAUAGAACACUAGAUAAGUUCAGUCCGCUGUACGACUAUGCGGCCAGAAAUUGGGGAUACCAUACCCGCGAACUGUCUGUCCCAUGCCAAGACACACUCAGCUUUUUGCAAAACCAAUUACCCUAUGCAGCUGCAUCGUUCGAGUUAGUAUGGGAAAUAGAUGUUCCGUAUCAACUGGGCGGCUAUCCGACGUCGGAAAACAUAAGCGGUUUGCACAUAGCGGCAUACUUUGGUCUCAAAUCAGCCUUUAUUAAUUUGUUGGAGGUGGCUGAUCCGCAGACUGGUCUGAAUAUCAAGGACAGCCGGGGUUUCACACCCCUUGUGUAUGGCAUCCUGGGCCAGAGCGGAGACUUUUUACGAUUUCUCCUUGCGCUAUACCAAGACGAAUGUGACAAGGCGACCAAUUUUAAAAAUUGGAGACCGAUAUUCUUUGCUACCGCCACCGGGAAUGAAGCCGUGGUUGACAGCCUCAUACAAACAAACAGAAUCAAUAUCGAUCCGAUUGAUUGCGACGGCAGGACGCCCUUGACAUUGGCUGCCAAAAAAGGCCACGUUACCAUAGUCAAACGUCUGAUGGACACAAACCAGGUUGAUGUCGACUCUCGAGAUAGACUCGGCCGAACUCCGCUGUCUUACGCCGCAGGGAGCGAUUGUAUUGAGAUAGUAAGGCUUCUGGUACAGACAAACCGGGUCGAUUUGAAUUCUCGAGACGACCAUGGCCGAAGCCCCUUGUCGUAUGCUGCUGAAGAAAGUCACGUUGCCGUGGCCAAGUAUCUACUGGAGACAAACCGGGUCGACGCCAACUCGCGAGGCCGACGAGGUCGAAGUCCUUUAUCCCGAGGCCGAACUCCUUUAUCGUAUGCUUCGGAAUGGGGCAAAAAGGGAAUCUGCGAGAUGUUGCUGCAGACGGGAAAGGUUGAUGCCGACUCGCGAGAUUUCCGAGGUCGAAGUCCUCUAUCAUACGCUUCGGAUGAGGGCCACGAGGACGCAUGCAGACUCUUACUGCAGACGGGAAAAGUCGAACCCGACUCUCGAGAUCAGCAAGGUCGCAGUCCUCUGUCGUACGCAUCGGAGGCGGGCUACGACGAGAUAUGCGAUCUUUUAAUACAGACAGGAAAGGUCGAUGUCAACUCCCGCGAUAACGAAGGACAUGGUUGCUUGACGCGCGCCGCAAGUGGAAAGUAUGAGGACGCAUCGAGGUGCUCGGAAAACGUCUUAAAGGUUAUUAUACUCCAGUCAAGCGAGGCGAAUGUCGACUUACCAGACUCCUCGGGCCGGACCCCCUUGUCGUACGCCGCGCAGAGUGGCCACUUCAACUUUAUCAAAACUCUCAUGGCCACGGGGAAAGUCGAUCCUAACUCAGCAGACGUUGACGGGCUCACGCCACUUUUUUGGGCUACUCAUAUGGGAAGACAGGAAGUAGUCGAGUACCUGCUCUGUGAAGGCAAAGUUGACGCUAGUUUAUUCAGAGUGGAUUCGGAGGGAGAAACGCCCUUGGAUCUUGCCGUGAGAGUCCUAAAGCCAAGUCAUCCGAUUACAAAACUUCUUGCAGAGAGAAUGAAAGCCGUUAAGAGGAGAAACACGGAAGAACUGGCAUGA